UUUGAGGUUGAGAGGGUCGUUGGGUAUGGUAAAGCAAUAAUGGUGCUUAAUGGUUUACCCAUUACUCACCAGUAAACUAACAGGUGCAAGGGGGUUUUCCAUGUGGGUGAAGAUGUUGUCGACGUGAAUCGAUCUAUCCAAGAAAUAACAGUACAAGAUAUGCCAGUUCAUGCUGAUGAUAUGAUGUGCAAGUUCAAGAUUUGCCCGUUCAUGAACCAACUACUUCAAGGUUGAUGACGUAUGAAGUUAAAGAAAGAUGUGAAACUGAUGAUGAAAUCAGGAGAAAGGCAAUGAAUAAUUUGGAGUUCGCUGAGCUCGUUCUUAAGAGGGAUAUUGAAGUAAUCACUCACGCCUACUAUAAAAGGGUGAGUGAUUACAAAGCAAAGAAAGGUGUUGAUGGCUUGUUUAGUGAUGAUGUUGUGUUAACCCAAUCCGAAGAAAUCUUCAAGAAUAGUGAAUGGCUUGCAUCGGUCGAUGAAUUUUGUGCCAUGGUGAACAAGAAGAAUGUGCCGGACGUUAGACUAUUGGAGAAGGACAAUGUUUUAGUAGAUCAGGGGGGAGAGGUGCAGGAAGUUGUGACAUUGGAUAACAUCGAUGUUGGAGUAGAUUAGAGGGUGAAAUUGCAAGAAUAUGUGAUGAUGGAGAAGGAUGGUAUGACAUUGGUGGUUGAAUUGGAGAAGGACAAAACACCAGAGACAUGUAAAAGAAAGAGUGCUGAGUUUGAUACUCCAGUCCCAUCAACUUUGAACGAGAUUUGUAGUUUGGAUUUAGGGAGCGUAGUGGCAAAGUUUGUUCCCGCCAGCGAAUUUUGUAAAUCAAACUUACAAUACAUAAAGAAAAUGAAGGAGAUGGAGCUGAUAGUACUGGAUUAUGCAAUGUGCAAGGAAACUAUGGAUCCGAUGUUUUUUUUUGUGUACGUUUUUUUAUUUUAGUUUUAUGUGAAUUUAAUAUUACAUUAUUUCGUUUACAAAGAGAUUCUUGGCACAUAUGCAAGAUUACUUUUCAUGGAUAAGAGGGAUAUUUUGACAAUGCACAAUCAGGGUGAGAUUUCCCCGAAUGUCAUUGAUUGCUGGGCUUUGUAUUUAAAUGUUAUCGAGCAUAUACAAAAAGAAG